AUGCCAGUAGAGAAGUCGUUGCAUCUCAUCAAAGACAAAGGCUUCUGGGAAGAGGGUAUCUAUUCAGAAUGUUUAGCUCAUCCAUUUCAUUACAACGGAUAUAUAUGGUGCUCAUAUCAACGAGAUUGGCUGACAAAUAGCAAUGAAGGUAAAAAUAAAGAGAAAUUACGUUUAGAUCCAGAAUUCGGUAAGAUUUUACAUCCAAUGACUACAAAAUUGACAAAUGAAGGUCUUUUAAGACGUUUGCGAGAAGUAGCACAAAAUGCAAAUGAAUCUCUAAACGGUAUUGUAUGUAGUCGAACAUUAUUAGCUGAGUCUUUUGAAGAAACAGAUAUUAAUAUAAAUUCAUUAUUAUUAUCUAAUUUACUGCCAAACGAUGAAAAACGAAUAUUAAGAGCCAAACGAUUAAUUUCACAAUGUGAUACUAUACUCAAAGAAAAAAGUAAAAAACGACUUCAAGCGAUACAAUCUAUGGCAGAUAAAGCAGAAUAUGGUAGUGUUGAAUAUUAA